CCUUUAAACUUAUUACACUCACUCUUCAUCUUCUUCUCAUUUCCGGAGUGAUUAGAUUUGUAAAUGGCGCAACUAAUUUUCAGUGCAGUUGUCGCCUCACUGCUUUACUCCAUUGCCUUUGUGAGUGUAAGAGCUGACAAUCAAAGACUUGUUUCAAAUGAAACGCUUGCUUUUGGCCACACUUUGAUCUCUCAAAACCAAGUCUUUGAAAUCGGAUUUUUCUCGCCUGGAAAAUCUUUGAAUAGAUUCUUGGGAAUAUGGUACAAGAACACACCAGAUGUUGUAGUCUGGGUGGCCAACAGAAACCAUCCCAUUUCUGCCUCAGAAUCACCAGUUUUGAUGAUUUCUGAAAAUGCAAGUCUUGUUAUAAGCAGUGGCACAAGCAUCAUCUGGUCGGCGAAUAAUGCAUCAGGCGUGGCAUCAUCAAAUCCAGUUUUACACCUCCUGGAUUCUGGAAACUUGGUUCUUGUAGACGACACGAGCACAACAACAGAAGAGUACCUAUGGCAGAGUUUUGAUUAUCCAACAGACACCUUGAUACCAGGAAUGGAGAUGGUGGAUGAUAGUGAGGCUGGAGUCGAAAAGUAUUUGACGUCAUGGACAAGUCCGGAUGAUCCUUCUCCAGGUGAUUUUGUUUUCAAGAUCGAAAACCGAGGCUUGGCCUUGGCUGAUAUGGUGGUUCUUGAGGGGGCACGGAAAAGAUACCGGCUUGGACCGUGGAAUGGAAUGCACUUUUCCGGUUAUCAAAUAUAUCCCAAUCCCAUUUUCAAGAUAGCCUUUGUUUUCAAACAACAGAGGUUGGUCUCCUUGGGAGAGCCCUACGAGAUCUCAUAUUUGGUACGAACAACGUUACAUACGUCUGGUAUGAUCCUGCGCCAUACGAUGAAUCUCAGAAAAGACAAGUGGAAUCUUGCCACCGUGUUCCCCCUGGAUGCAUGCGAUGAAUAUGCUGCUUGUGGUCCUAACUGUAUCUGUAGAUCCGACAGGCCAAUCAGAUGCGAGUGUUUAAGGGGAUUUGCCCCGAAGUUCCAAAGCGAUUGGGACCAUCAAGAUUGGUCGGGUGGAUGCACUAGAACUAAACCAUUGAAUUGCAAUGGUGGAGAUGGAUUUCGACAGGUUAGAGGGGUCAAGUAUCCUGAUUUGUUGCGGUUUUGGUUAAAUACAAGCAUGAGCCUUGAUGAGUGCAAAGCUGAGUGCUUAAAAAACUGUACUUGCACUGCUUAUGCUAAUUCCUUCAUUACUAAUGGAGGCACUGGCUGCUUGAUGUGGUUCGGUGAACUCAUUGAUACCAAACAGCAUUCUAUAGCAGACAGUAAGCAGAACGUCUAUAUCCGUGUUCCGGUUUCUGAACUAGAUUUUAACACGGGUUUAGAGGAGGAGGAGGAGAAGGAGAAGAAAAAUCCUAUGGGGAUAAUACUGAUAUCGAUUGUUUCUGGUGUUCUCAUCUCAGCUUUUAUCAACGGAGGCGUACUUUUAAUGGCAAGACUAAAGAGGCGAGCAGUGAAAGAGAAUAAUGAAGAUCUAGAAUUACCUAUGAUCGAAAUGGCAACUAUUGUGCAAGCAACAAAUAAUUUCUCCAUGGAAAACAUGAUUGGAGUUGGAGGCUUCGGUCCUGUUUACAAGGGGAACAUGCCAUCAGGAGAAGAAAUCGCAGUCAAAAGAUUGUCCAGAUGUUCAAGACAAGGUAUUGAAGAGUUUAGAAGUGAAGUUAUGAUGAUUGCAAAACUUCAACAUAGAAACCUCAUCAGAGUAUUGGGAUGUGGCAUUGAAGAAGAGGAAAGGAUGCUAAUCUAUGAAUACCUACAAAACAAAAGCCUCGAUUAUUUUGUUUUUGAUCACACUCGAAGAACAUUGUUGACAUGGCCUAAGCGUUAUGAUAUUAUCAUGGGAAUUGCAAGGGGACUGUUAUAUCUUCAUCACGAUUCCAGAUUAAAGAUUAUUCAUAGGGAUCUCAAAACAAGCAAUAUUUUACUAGAUGGAAAUUUAACUCCAAAAAUAUCAGAUUUUGAGUUAGCAAGAAUUUUCCAAGAGGAUCAGUCGCUUGCUAAAACAAAACGAGUUGUUGGAACAUAUGGAUACAUGGCUCCCGAAUAUUUGAUGGACGGGAAAUACUCGGAGAAAUCAGACAUCUUUAGUCUUGGAGUGGUGUUGUUAGAGAUAAUCAGCGGGAAAAGGAACAGAGGAUAUGAGCACUCAGAUCACUAUCAUAACCUCUUGGGCCAUGCAUGGUUGCUGUGGCAAGAAAACAGGAUUGUAGAGUUGAUGGAUGAAUGUUUGUAUGAUACGUUUGCGGAGUGUGAAGUGAAGAGAUGCAUGCAAGUGGGGUUAUUGUGUGUUCAGAAAUUUGCAGAGGAUAGGCCAGUCAUGUCGUCCGUGGUUUCAAUGUUAGGAAGUGAUGGAGCAGUUCUGCCCGAACCAAAAGAACCCGGGUUUUUUAUGGAAAGAAGUUGCGGCACAUCACCAUAUAUUGAGUCAGAGAAUGAUACAAUCACUAUUACUGACUUGGAGGCCAGAUGAGAUCAUUCAGCAAUUGUAACACAAGAGUUGUGUAAAUGGGAUAUCCAUAUUCCUAACACUCAAAUUUUCGAGGGGGUUAGCAGAGUUAUUUCCGGAGAUGCAGAUAUGGCGCAGUUAUUUUUUUACCAUAGUGCUCGGUUUCAUUGCUUUUGUGAGUGUAAGAGUUCGAGCAGCUGAGCAUAGAAUGAAACAAUCACCAUUACUGAUUUGGAGGCCAUUUGAUGGAUGAAUAUUUUCUGUUUUCAAGUCUUGAUAUAUUAGGCCUUACUAAGAAUGGUUAUGCUAAGGGUAGAGAGAUGAAACUU